AUGAACUUCAUCGACUUCUAUCAAGAUCCUGUCACCGUGAUCGACCACGGACUACUGGGAUUCCCCUUCGCCAGCCACCUGUUUCAGCCCACUGUCAAACAUCACCUCCACGUACAGGAGGUGCCCGUACUUGUCGAAAAACCUGCCGAAAAGGGCACAAAACCCACCAAACCCAGUGGAAAGAAGAAUGGCCAAGGAGGCAGCACAGCUGGAGGCCACGGCACUCAAAGUCAACCGAUCGUCCUCGUCGUCGGCAACGGGCAACAGACUCCUCAUGGAGCUGGCCACGGACCCGCAGGUCACGGCCACGGAACGGCUGGCCAUGGCGGAGCCGGCCAUGGAGCAGCAGGUCAUGGCCAUGGAGGAGCCGGCCAUGGAGGAGGCGGCCACGGCCAUGGACCAGCCGGCCAUGGUGGAGCAGGUCACGGUCAUGGAGGAGCUGGCCAAGGCCACGGAGGUGCUAACUCAGCUCAUGGCGCCGGUAACCAACCACUCAUCAUCGUCCUGAACAAGGACGCACAGGCGCCGCAGGCUGGCCACGGCGGUCACGGUGCCGGCAGCGCGGGCCAAGGUCCAACACACAACAUCCACCAGGUGCCACUGUACCUGCUGCAGCCGGGUCACGGCAGACCUGGCGCGCCUCACGGCGGGCCUGGGGCACCCCACGGUGUAUCUGGAGCGUCUCACGGCGGACCUGGGGCACCCCACGGCGGACCUGGUGGAUCUGGAGUGCCUCACGGCGGCCCUGGCGCGUCCCACGGCGGCCCUGGCGCACCCCACGGUGGAUCUGGAGCGCCUCACGGCGGCCCUGGCGCGUCCCACGGCGGACCUGGUGGGCCUGGUGCGUCCCACGGCGGACCUGGCGCGCCUCACGGCGGACCUGGCGCGUCCCACGGCGGACCUGGCGCGUCUCACGGCGGACCUGGCGGGCCCUUCAGUGGGCCUGGCGCGUCCCACGGCGGACCUGGCGCGCCUCAUGGGGGACCUGGCGCGCCUCACGGCGGACUUGGCGCACCCCACGGCGGACCCUUCACCUGGACAUAG